AUGUCAAUAUCAGACAAGAAACGUGCGGAAUACGCAAACCCAGGCUUUGAUGGCGACGACGUUUACGUCAAACCUGAUUACAACACAAAAUCAAAUGAACACCAUUACGAAACUCUUCAAGGCCGUCCAAAUACAGACCCUCCAUCAGACUACAAUCAUCCAUUCGUGCAGCCGAGUUUAGCUAAUAUUCCGCCAUACGGAGACGCACCACCUUCCUAUCCUACGAAGAGUCGAUACAAAAUCAAGAAAACAAGAAUGCUAAUCGCCAUUGGUGUUGCAGUUGUAAUUGUAAUCACUGCCACUGUAUUGUUUGUGCUAAUUGGAAAAGAUAACGGUGACACAGAUCAACACCACGUAUCAACAUCGUACUCAACGACUCGGGAGCCCAACCAACAGAAAACAACCUCUUAUUCUAUGAGACCUACAAAAAUCACACAAGCUCCGGGAGCUGGAGUGCAAUCAUCGACAUCAGUUCCCAGUAGGUCUGGCUCUAUGUCAACAACUCAAUCCAGUAGCUCUAAAACAACAACUGCAACAGUGCAACCACGUUCAACAACCAAACCACAACCAUCUUCAACAUCCAAGGCAGUACAACCGCCUUCAACAACAGAACGACCUUCAGCAACCGUCACAACACAAUCACCUUCAACAACUGACACAGUACAACCACCGUCGACAACUAUCACGACACAACCACCUUCAACAACCGUCGUGACACAACCACCUUCGACAUCCAAGACAGUAAAGCCACCUUUAACAACGGCCACGACACAACCAUCUUCAACAACCGUCGCAACACAACCACCUUCAACAACCGUCGCAACACAACCACCUUCAACAACCAUCACGACACUACCACCUUCAACAACCUCCGCGACACAUCCACCCUCGACAUCCAAGACAGUAAAACCACCUUCAACAACCGCCACGACACAACCACCUUCAACAACCGUCGUAACACAUCCACCCUCGACAUCCAAGACAGUAAAACCACCUUCAACAACCGCCACGACACAACCAUCUUCAACAUCGACAUUAACUUCUGAAAAAGUGCAACUCUCAACAACUGCGUCUCAAGGCAAUGACGUUACUUCAAGUGUUCAAACAACAACUCUGGGUGCUGCUGAUUGCAAUAUCGCAUGUGUUGAUGGUAUUCUCAACGGAGACUGUACCGCUUGUGAGUGUACAACGAGCCAAAUAACCGUAGGAGUUUACAGUUCCCGAACGGUCCCAUUGGAUGGAGCAACUGUUGCAAGAGCCGAGACAGCGUAUAGUGUCAUGGCUAUAACGGGUGACGAUGGCGCGACCACUGUCGAAGGAUUGUGCAACAGUGAUACAAUUGUCGUGAAGAAGACUGGUUAUGUUGAUACGACAGUGAAGGCGAGCAACGCAUCUGUAGUUAUCCUUGCUGCAUUAGAGCAAAUUGAAAUCUACAAACAGCCUCUCGACCAGGUAGCGUUAGUUGGAAGCACAAUCAAUUUUACGUGUGAGGCGACUGGUAAACCAUCUCCUGAAUAUUACGAAUGGUUCAAAAAUGGUAAUCUUUUGGACGAAGAUAUUUACGGCAAGAGCAAUAUUCUCCUCAUAGAGUCGGUGAAGUUAGACGACAAUGGAAUGUACAAAUGCAGAGCGAACAAUGAUUACGCUGCUAUGAUGUCAGACUCUGCACAACUCAUUGUUAAAGAGAAUUUGGGUGAUUUCUGUGACUCCAGUCCCUCGGAAGAAUUAAAAGAACUACCAAAAGACUGUCCACAAAAUGGCAAUGUCAUGUAUCCUGUCGGUAAAUGUCAGAGAAACUCGUGUUUAGUGUCCGAUAUGGUAGAAGCAGCGGAAUACUGCUGUGGUCCAACCAGACAAGAAGUCCGCCAGUUGUCUUGUAAUGGCUACAACCUAAGUGCCGUAGUGACUCUAGAAUGUGGAUGCAUGCCAUGCAACCAAUUAAAUACUUCGAAUCCUCUUGAUGAAAAUGAACCAACCGCUAUCACUUAUGUUCCAGUUGAAGGGGUGUUCAAAGGAAGAGCAUAUGAUUCAAGGGACAUCAAUCGUCCGUUACUCUAUGGCGAUGUCUUUUUAAAUGGCGAGAAAGUAUCAUUUACUGGCUUAGAUGGGGAAUUCGAGUUCAAAAUACCACGUCACACGACAAGAAUAGUUGUGAUGAUCCGAGAGAAUCUGAUACCUGAUGAUUUUAUUGAAACAUCCAAAGCUUUCGAUCUUCCGAGGGAUUUCUCGGGAACUUUUUUGAGAGAUUUUCCGAUAAAGAGGAAGUCCAAUGUCGUAGAGAUCGAUUCCAAACAAGCUCAAAUCAUGCCCAUGGCUAGAGAUCUUUCCACUAAUGAGCCUGCUGCUGAACUGCAUAUUCCAGGUGACUCUUUUUACACAAAUAACGGUGAAAAAUAUGAAGGAACGGUCAAGGCGUCUAUAGACUUUAUUGAUCCCAGAGAUCCUGUCAGCAUUGAUGAAAUGCCAGGGGAUCUAACGUCUGUAAAUGAAAAUGGUGAGGUAGAACAGUUGGACACCCAAGGACAAUUCCACAUGAGUUUUAAUGAUGCCAAUGGAAACCCAUUGAGUCUUAAGGGAAAGGUCGAGGUUGCAGUGGAGGCUGAGUUCAUCGGGGAAAUGAACGCAAGCUAUACUGAUGUCAAGCUCUGGACCUAUAACGCUGACACGGGAAGAUGGGUUGUCGAAGGCCCACUGCGUCCAAUAUCGUCUACUCGCUCGCUUUCAUUACGCAGGAAACGUCAGUCGUACACUAUCUUCGUUGGAGAUAUCGUCAUCAGAGACUAUUAUUGGGUUAACUUUGACAGAAAAGUCCUUGACUAUUGUUAUGUAAACGUCAGGGCUUACAAAGACUCCUCAAGCCAGUCACCAUUGUCAGCAUCUGCUUUUGAACCAACUGUUAUCGCGCAGAACGCGUUCACGGGUGGUAUACGCCGUUACACUACAGGCCGAAACGCACGUAAUGGAGGACCAGGAUUGGAACGAUCUGAAGGUAAUUGUAUAAUGACUGUGUGCCAAAACGGACAGUUUCAUGGUUACAUCCGGGCAACUGAUACUGGACGAACUGAUGCAGAAGGUUCUCUUCAAACGUCUAUAUCAUUGGGAGGAAGUGUACCAAACAUAGCUGGUGUUGAUGUUACGCUAGAAACAUUCGGCCAAGGUGGAAAUGGGAAAGACUAUAAUGCUGUUGCAAAAGUAAAAGCCACAAGAGCUCCAGAAUAUGGUCCAAUAUUUUAUUCAACUUCCACAAGUGGAUGUCUCUCUCGGGACAGCGAUGAAUGUAAAAACUGUAACAAAAAUCCGACCAAGGCAGUUUGUAGAUUGUGCAAUAGAUGGGGGUGCAGGUACCCAGUUGCAGUUGCAUUCAAAGAAUGUAUGGACUCCUCGGAAUCGUCAUCAAGUCCGCAUUUCAGAUUUUACAGGCCAUGGUCUCAUUCAUUCUCAUAUCAAGUGUGCCUUACACCGAGGGAUUGCCCGAACCAAGCAGCGCUUUCACUAGCUUGGUUUCCUAAUCUUCCAUCGAAAUUCGUAUACCUAAAAGUGAAAGUCACUAGGAGGUCCUCAGGUGAAUCAGAAGUCCGCGCAGUGAGUAAAGGUGGUCAGAAUCCAACAGUAAUCGGCCAAUUGUAUGGAAUCAAAGAGGAGACAACGUACCGACAAAUAACAUGUGUAGAAAUCAAGACGUCCGGGCGGAUAUUUCCAAAUGGGAUAGAUAGAACACAGGUGGACAUUCACGUUCAGGGAACUAACUGUCGUUUGAAUUCAGCGAAGCAAGUGUUGCUUAAUAACAGGCUUACUGAGCAAAACUCAAAUUCCAUAUUUUCGUUUCUUCAACCAAUAGAUAGUGAUCCAUUUGGGAAAGAUUUUGGGCUGUACGAUGACAAUGGUAGCGAUGCAAGAAAUGUCGCGAGAAGGAGGUGCGAAUGCGGCUCUAUUUCUAGGCAAUCGCUGUCCUGCAAGGAUGAUGAAACUGAUUAUGGUUCAGGCAUAGGACUUGAGUUUGUUUGUGAUUAA